AAUAGCUUGGCACUGUAUACAAUUCUGUUUACUGACAGUUUUCUUUUAAAAUAGUUCAAUUUCAUAUUUAUUUUCUUUAUAUUUUUUUGCUUUACAGUUAUGGAUGGAGCAAGAGAGGUCACACCAACAAUUUUGAAGGAACAAACUGGCUUGGAAGCUUCGAAGCUUGCACCUAAGAAGUGGGGUCUUUCUGGAACCUCUAGGAUUAUGUUGCUUGGAAUUUUAGGUGGCGCUAAUCUUCUGAUCUCUCAAGGAGUAGACCUAAGGCCUAAUAUUGCAGCGGUAUUAGGUUUGGCCGCUAUUGACGCUGUUUUUCUUGGGGGAACCUGUCUUGCACAAAUAUUAUGCUUUUGGCCUCCUUACAGGAGCCGAGUUCUUGUUCAUGAAGCAGGGCAUGUUCUAACAGCAUAUCUGAUGGGAUGCCCUAUAAGAGGGGUCAUUUUGGACCCCAUUGUGGCAAUGAAGAUGGGCAUUCAAGGCCAGGCGGGUACUCAAUUUUGGGAUGAGAAGUUAGAAAAAGAGCUGGCAGAAGGUCGACUCAGUAGCACUGCUUAUGACAGGUACUGUAUGGUUCUCUUUUCUGGGAUUGCCGCUGAAGCUCUCAUUUAUGGAGAAGCAGAAGGUGGAGAAAAUGAUGAAAAUUUGUUUAGGGGUAUCUGUCUUCUCCUCCAACCUCCAUUAACUGUACCACAGAUGGCAAAUCAAGCACGUUGGUCAGUCAUGCAGUCUUACAAUCUUCUUAAGUGGCAUAAGCCUGCACUUCUAGCGGCUGUUAAGGCUCUGCGAUCUGCCCAUAGCCUGAGUGUGGUCAUCAGGAGGAUAGAAGAAGCCAUGUAUUCUGGUUGUUGACAAAGCUCAGUUGGUUCUGUCAUGGAAUCAUAAUUUUGUCUUCUAACCAUGAGCUUCCUAUCAGGUGUUGAACAACUUAGGCUUCAUUUGAGUCGUCUUUCUUAUUGCUUCUUAAAAUAGCUUUUUAGUUAAAAAAAUAAAUUUUUUGACUAAAAAGCUGCUUUAAGAAGCAGUAAGAAAACUGUCCCAAACGAAGACUUAAUGAGCCUUUUAAAUUGGUCAAAGAGAUGAUGGCAACUUUAUAUGCAAAUAUCAUGAAAUAGCUCAUAAGACCAACAUGGAAGGAAGAGAAAGAAUUGAGCAAGAAGAUUGAUUCUCAUAUAUGUUUAUGAUUUAUAUCCAUUUAUGCCAUCAAAAGAAGGGGGCUUGCCAGAUAAUUAUUUCCAUGUUUAUGCUGAACAGACAUGAAAAGGUUAGGGGAGAGUGUAAUAGUUUGAAAGCUUGUAAAAAUUCUUUCCAGAUGAGGAACCAAGCCCAAGAAAAAACUGGUGUUCUUUUGCCUUACUGGCUUUGGGAUAUAGUUAUGUUUCAUU